AAAAACAGUGGAGAAAGGAACAAAGUUUUAUAUGCUAAAGAAUAUCCUUCUUGGACUUUUCGACGUACUAGAGUCGGACAAAAUACCUGUCUCUAAGCAAGUACGAUCUAUACAAGGUCUGAAUGAUAACAUGAGCUCGACUAGCAGCAAUGCAUCUAGACAUUUGAGCUACGCCGGAAAUAGCAUGGGACAAUCUACUCCAACAUCGAGCCGCCAAGAUAACCCUCCUAGUUUUCUGCCGUUAACCCCAUUACCUACCAAGGAAUCAACGCUGAUGUCUUUAAGCCGAUCUCAAUCCAUAUCAAUGCCGUCAUCGAAUCCAAAUGGUAACGACCGGUACAAAAUCAAAUCCAUUUACUCAAAUGUAUCACCUACCUCCACCAAUGUUCGAAACGAAGUCACCACAGAGUUGGUUGAUUUAGUUCUAAAGUGCUUGCGAAAAAUCGGCGAAGACGAAUCGUUCCUUCCUCUAUUCAAAGGCGUUUUCACAGCUUUGAGUGAAGUGGAUGAAAACAGAUUUACGCGGAAGUUGGAUGGUCGAGGUCGAGAUAUUCUUUUCACUGGGUUGAUUGUUCGCAUGAUUCGAUACCUUACCGAAUAUGUCUCCAUCAUGAUCAUUUGUGACGACGUGCAGUGGGCUGAUUCAGCUUCCAUUCGAGUGCUUGAAACCAUUCACGACGCUUGCCCACGGGCAUUGAUGAUGCUAGCGACUCGUCCCAUCAAAGAUUACAACGUUACUUUCAUCAAGGAGCUGGCUUCUUUUGGUUCGUGCGCACAAAUCACACUGAAUGGAUUGAACGGCGAAGAAAUAGGAGAGAUCAUCAUCAACACCUUUCAAAGUGGAAUCAAGCGUGUUAGCCCGGAAAUCAUUCGUGUCAUCCAGGUAUGUACUUUUUAUGACUAGACAAGUUUCCUUCCCCCAUUUGCG